AUGUUUCGACUACUACGAUCAACCCGACUACGUCGAUGCUACUCGGUUGAAGUUGCCAAUCCAAAACUUAGAACCAACGUCUUCUCCACCAAAAAUCUCCCAACAAAGGUCCAGGAUCUCCCAUUGGACACGUAUCCCAAUCCACUCUUCGGUUACAGCAAAGAUGAUCUUCUACGCCUUGAGCCCAAGGACUUGGAUCAUUUGCUCGCGAUUCCAUACAAAUCCACUACAGAGACCGAUAAAUUCUGUUACAAUGUGCUUGAAAUCGUCCAUGAAAACAUCUUGGAAGACCCAGCUUUAGCCUCCAAGUACUUGCUUGCUAUUCAAGAUAAAGGAAUAAGAGAAACAGUCAUAGGAUGCCUAAAGCAGUACUAUAAAUCCAACAGACUUCGACGGUCGCUAGUUCUCUUCAUUGACUCACCCACGUCCCCAAAUACGAGGAAAGAGGUGCUAGAAACACUUGAGAAGAUCACAUGUGAUCCAGAAAUACUCGCAAAGGAUGCAUGUCAGAUGGCCUUGAGUUAUUUGAGGAAACUCGCCUUGACAGCAAGACACAAUCCAAAUAUUUUGUUUGCGCCACAGAAAGCCGUGAAUGUGCUCAUGAAAAACCUCCCACGGAGUCAGUGGGCACAAUUAUACGCAUGUCUACUUCAUGUGAACAUGAAGUUUCAAAACGCUGGGGACUUUGAGAAAUUAAAGAAAGCACUUUUGCAAGGUUCGAAUCUCGACAAGCUUGUGGCUCGUAAGGGUAUCAUCGAUGCAAAAUGGCAAGACUUGAACGAAAUCGACUUUGAUGAGACGCAGAGGAUGAAAAUGGUCAGCUUCCUCACCUUCAAUGACAUAGCACUUUUCGCCGACCAUGCCAUUCGAGAAAAAGACGUGGUCAACGCAAACCUCUAUCUUGAUCUUUUGGUCACCAAGUUCGAAAAUAAUUCUGGCAUAGAGAAUCACACUAAGUGGCUCCAAAUUGUGUUAAACACCAUGCUUAGCCAUUCCAUGGUUUUUAAGGGUCCACAGGAGUGCCUCAAGUUUCUCAAGUAUAUGGUGGACUCUAAACUCGAGGUGCGACCUGCCACCUUGCUUCGAAUGUUGAUGAAAUUACGCCAAGAUUCAUGUUGGGAUGAAGCCUUGUUCCUCAUUAACUACCUCCAUACAGAGAAACUAGAUAAGCCUCAGCGAAAGAUACUCACCAGAGAGAUCAUGAAAGUAAUCACUCUGAAAUUCGCUCGUCAUCCCCGGGUCUCUGUGGGAUACUUUGCUUCGAUGUUUAGCAAUGAUGAACCGUUGCAACUACUUAAGGACUUGCACAUCUUGGAUAUGGUUUACGGAGUACAGGUAGUCAAUCUGUUCGACGCUAUCAAGAAGGCAGACAUUCACGAUGAUCUCAAGGGAGCACAAUUAAGCCACGAUAUCCUCAAGGAUAUGUAUGCGGGUGUGCUUAGUAACCUUCCUUCGAAAGACAGCAAUAUCGACGUGAUUAAAGAUCUUUUUGGUCAAUACAUGAGGCAGAUUGAGAUGGCCAAGAAAGGAAAUAUCACUGAAUCCAUUUUUCACCCUCAGAACAUCAGUGACAAUAUCUUGAGCUUAUUUUUAGAUCAGUUGGUUCGAGUGAACCCGUUCGCUAUUGAUAAUAUGGAUUUAGUUUCAGACCCAGCCAAGUUCGCUGCAGCCAAGACCCUUUGCACAGAGUUUUUCGCUGUGACAGGUUUACAGAAACACCAGCGAAAGGUAUACUUACUUGAUCUUAUGGUAACAUCUAGUUUGUUGCACCAUCGAGACAUCGCCUUUGGUGCCCAACUACUCAAGCAAGCGAGAGAGGCUGGUAUGCCACUUUCUUUCAACCAAUUGUAUCCAUUUAUCAUGUAUCACUACUCGAAGGGGGAGCACGAACAGGCUCGCAAGUGGUAUGAUUUGCUUGUUGCCAAUGGAGUGAAGGCGAAGAAUGUCAGUGCAGACCGUCUUGUUGAAGUGGCCAAGGAGCUUAACUGGCCGGUGAAGGGCACGCAAUAUAGAAGCUCGGCACAGAAAAAGAACAAAAGAGCACGGCAGGAAUUGACAAGAUUAACUACAGAUCCGUUAGCGAUGUUUUCUGAGGCGUCAGUAGGUGAUUCCAGAGAAAACACUGAUUUGAAUUUUUUGGAGGAAUUGGGGUCUAUUCUCCAUAUGGUGAGUGUUGAGAAGGUAAGGAAGGAAGAAGAGGAGAAAAGGGAAAAAGGCAACGAUCAAAAGUAA